UGACUAAAAUGAUUUUAGUUAUGGUUUUAACCACUAAUCGAUCCAUGAACACCUCUAUUUAUGACUAAACACAACUCUAAUUUUAAAAAAUAAUCAUAUUUAUAGGCAAAUGAGGCCUUAAUUUUCUAACAGUAGCAAAAUUACGGUCGAAAGAGAAUUGAUAAAAAUAAAAUUAUGUCAAUUGCAAAGUAACGUCAAAGAAAAGCGCUGAAUCCACAUGGCAGAUACGCAAAAAGAAAACAACAGCAGUACGUGGCAGAUACGCAUUCGUCAAUUUGACAGCACUAAGAUCGCCAUCCGAGCAAAUCACCUCUGUCCAAUCUCCACCGUUAAAUACAAAAGCUCAAUCAACGACGCCAAAACAAUUUCAAAAUCUUUCCCCCAAAUUUACAACCUUCGCGCCCCUCUAUCUCUCUAUAUAAAUCCCCCAUCACCCAUUUCUCAAAUUCACUACAAUUCCACAACUCAAUUUUAUCGCACUACAUAUUCAGCAAAAUGGCUCGUACUAAGCAAACAGCUCGCAAAUCCACUGGUGGAAAGGCUCCAAGGAAGCAGCUAGCCACCAAAGCUGCAAGAAAAUCUGCUCCAGCAACCGGAGGAGUGAAGAAGCCUCACCGUUUCCGCCCAGGAACUGUGGCUUUGAGGGAAAUCAGGAAGUAUCAGAAAUCAACAGAGUUGUUGAUCAGGAAGCUGCCGUUUCAGAGACUUGUGAGGGAAAUUGCACAGGAUUUCAAAACGGAUCUGAGGUUUCAGAGUAGUGCUGUUGCUGCUCUACAAGAGGCUGCUGAGGCAUACCUUGUUGGUUUGUUUGAAGAUACUAAUCUUUGUGCUAUUCAUGCUAAGAGAGUUACGAUUAUGCCUAAGGAUAUUCAACUUGCUAGGAGGAUUCGUGCUGAAAGAGCUUAAGACGAAGUUUUUAGGGUUUAUGUCUAAUGUAGCUGAUUUGAGUUGUAGUAUGUGUAAACUGUUGGUUUACUUGUAUUCUGGAAUCUGAUUAAUGGAAUUUGUACUUUGUUUGUUCAA